CCGCCGCGCGCAUUUCGCAGCGACCGCGUGCGAGGAACGAUAGGCUGUGUCCGCGCGCCCAUCGACCAGCUGCGUCAGUCCCCUCCCCCCACCCCCAACUGACCAACCGGCAUCACUUCCCCCACCACCUAGCGCGACCACUGACCUGCCAACGUCAGUCCCCCUCCCCGUAACCACCGACCAGGCCGCGUCAGUUCUCCCCUCGCGGCAACCGAACAGCCAGCGUCAUAUCCCCCCACUCUCGCGACGACCGACCAGCCGGCGUCAGUUUCCCCCUCUCUCGCGACCACCGACCAGCCAGCGUCAGUUCCCAUCGCGGUCACCGAUCGGCAUCUCUCUCUCACUUGCUCGCCGUUUCUUUUAACCUGCGUUAAAGCUGCCAUGAUGUUAAGGGCGGUGACUCCUGCUCUCAUCCUACGGGAGCUGCUGGAGACCAGCCUGAGACCCCCGGGCAGGCUCCACCGCAACUCCUUUACUAACGGCAUUACCGGGAGGUGGGAACCACGGCUACCCUUUUUCCAGCAGCUGCUGCUCCACCGCCGCCAGCACCAAGGUCACCGGCAGCAGCUUCGAGCCACCUACUGCAGUAGUAGCAAAUCCGAGGGAACGCUGGCUGAGGGAAAUGCAGCCAAACCGCCAGCCUCCACUAAUAACUUGGCUCCGGACAAGAAAAGACAAAAAGCAGGUCUUCUGCCCAGUCUGGAAGAUCUACUUUUUUAUACAAUUGCUGAAGGGCAGGAGAGGAUUCCAAUACAUAAGUUCAUCACUGUUCUGAAAUCCACAGGACUACGCACAUCUGAUCCUCGACUGAAGGAAUGCAUGGAUAUGCUUAGAACAAAUGUGCAAGCAGCGUCUGACGGUGUUCUUCUGGACAAAGAACUUUUUAAAAAAUGCGUUGGAAGCAAUAUUGUGCUUCUCACUCAAGCAUUUAGGAGGAAGUUUGUCAUUCCAGAUUUUGAAAUAUUUGCAUCCCAUAUAGAUGGUCUUUAUGAGAGUGCCAAAAAAAUGUCAGGAGGAAAGGUUGCUGAUUAUAUUCCACAACUGGCUAAAUUUAGCCCAGAUUUGUGGGGUGUAUCUUUGUGCACAGUAGAUGGGCAAAGGCACUCAGUUGGAGAUACCAAAGUUCCCUUUUGCCUUCAGUCCUGUGUGAAACCUUUAAAAUAUGCAAUUUCUGUUCAUGACCUUGGGACAGAUUAUGUUCACAAUUAUGUUGGUAAAGAACCCAGUGGAUUACGGUUCAACAAACUGUUCCUAAAUGAAGAAGAUAAACCUCAUAAUCCGAUGGUAAAUGCUGGGGCUAUUGUGGUAACAUCCCUUAUCAAGCAAGGAGUAAGCAAUGCUGAGAAAUUUGAUUAUGUCACACAGUUCUUGAAUCGGAUGGCUGGAAAUGAAUAUGUUGGCUUUAAUAAUGCUACGUUUCAGUCUGAAAGAGAAUCAGGAGACAGAAAUUUUGCUAUAGGAUACUACCUAAAGGAGAAGAAGUGUUUUCCAGAAGGAAGUGAUAUGACUGGCGUUCUAGAUUUCUAUUUCCAGCUGUGUUCCAUUGAAGUAACAUGUGAAUCAGCCAGUGUAAUGGCAGCAACACUGGCCAAUGGUGGCAUCUGUCCAAUCACAGGCGAGAGAGUUCUGAGCCCUGAGGCUGUUAGAAACACGUUAAGUUUGAUGCACUCCUGUGGCAUGUAUGACUUCUCGGGGCAGUUUGCCUUUCAUGUGGGCCUUCCAGCAAAAUCUGGAGUUUCUGGUGGUAUUUUGCUGGUAGUGCCAAAUGUGAUGGGUAUUAUGUGUUGGUCUCCACCUUUGGACAAACUUGGUAAUAGUCUAAGGGGUAUUCACUUCUGCCAGGAUCUUGUUUCGCUGUUUAACUUUCAUAAUUAUGACAACCUGAGACACUUUGCAAAGAAACAUGAUCCUCGAAGAGAGGGUGGUGAAGUACGGGUGAAGUCGGUAAUCAAUCUUCUUUUUGCUGCAUAUACUGGAGAUGUGUCUGCACUCAGAAGAUUUGCUUUGUCUGCCAUGGACAUGGAGCAAAGGGACUAUGACUCACGAACAGCACUGCAUGUAGCAGCUGCAGAAGGGCACGUGGAAGUGGUUCAUUUUUUGUUAGAAGCAUGUAAAGUAAAUCCAUUCCCUAAAGACAGGUGGGGCAACACACCAGUGGAUGAGGCAAUUCACUUUGGUCACCAUGAUAUUGUAACAAUCCUUCAGGAAUACCAAAGCAAAUAUAUGCCCACAGAGGAUUCAAACAAUGGAAAAGAAAAACCCAGCAAAGAGAACCUAGACAGCAUGGUAUAGUUCUCCUAUGUCAAACUAUAAUUUUGUUCUGAACUACCAAAACUAAACUGAAGUUUGAGUGACAUUUGUAAAAGUGUUGUAUUUUUGGCAAGUAAUUAUUCUGGUGUUUUAGACUUGGAACUUCUUAAUGUAGUCUUAGAAAAUAAUAGGCCUAGGCAAAAUAAAAAGGUUUGCCAGUGUUCAGUUUAGGGCCUAAGGUCUGACUCUGGAUCUUGAUGAUAUGCACUGAGUUAAAUGCCUAUUUAAAAAAAGGCAGGAUAAUCUCAGCACAACUUGUGAAUUUUAAGGUUCUGUAUGGCCUUCUAAUCGAUAUAAAAUUGCCAUGGAGUCCUGGAUGAUAUGAAUAAUGGUAAUCGACUUAAAACAGUCAUACACCUGGCCAUAAACACUGGAAAAUAUUCAGCUUUAGAAAACCUGUAAGGAAAUUAUAGUUGUUGUGCUCUGUAAGUAACUUGGAAGCAUCCCUGUAAAAUGUGAAUAUUAAUGUGGUCAGUUUUUGAAUUUUGUCCAAAUGUUUUAUGAAUAGAGUCUUCUUUACUUGCCCCUUUGAACAGUCUACUGUUUCAAUUGUGUAAAAGGGGUGCAGUGUAUCAACAAGUACUGGUUCAUAUUUGUUCACUAGUAUUUGUUAAAACAAGUCCAAUAUUAGUAUCAUGGCCAAGAAAUAUAUAUGUCCAGAUUCUGGUAAGGGUUACAUAAGUAUUAGCCCUAUUAACACUUCCACUAGUAUUAUAAGUGUUCCCUGAGGUAGAUUGAUUAUUGCUUUGACAUUUUCCUAUUUAUUAUGUUUUCAUAAUUUUAACUUUUUAAAAAUAUUGUUUCAUUCAGUAUUGACAUAUUCUUUUCCCUGCCUCUUAUUAAGGUCCGCUAAAGUAAAGAUACUUCAUGUUUCAUUACUGUAAAUGUGUGUAAGUAAAGGAAUGCAAAUGAUUGUGACAAAAACAUUGCCAUCUAUCAAGUUCAAACAAUACUUUCUCAAAAAUAUGAAUACGUUCCAGGUUUAUCCUGAAUUAUUGGGAAGAUUGGAAUAAAUAUUCUUGAAAAACCACUGACAGAUACAUAAAUAACUAUUAUGAGUAUCUAUUAGGUUUAUAAUCAAAAUCUUUUUUUAUUCUUAGUUUUGUUUGAACCCACUUCAAUUUAAGAGAUUAUUUAUGCUGCUGACAUUUAGUUCUUUUUUAAAUUCAUUAACAACACAAGAUUUUGACUUUUUCUUGUGUUGGAAUUGGUCCAUACUCCAUAUACACAGGCUAGCCCAUCAAAUUAGGUUGUUAUUGGGAUUUGAAUAUUUUCUGCAAUUUAAUUCAUUGGGUCAUGUUAACGAUCUCUGCACUACCUGAAAGCACAAUGUUGUAUCGGACUGCUACAUGUGAUAAAGGCGUAAGCUAAUUGGUCAGUUCACAUCAUAAGGAUUUUCUGGAAAUGCAGUUGACUGUUUUUUGCGAAAGUCUUUAUUAUACAAUAGUUUAAAAUAUAAAACAAACAGAAAAAAGGCAUUUUUAACCAUCUAAGCCUGCUGUUUUCACAGACCAUGUGCAAUGAUCUGUCCAACCCAAUUAAUUUCUGAAGCAACACCUUGAUCUCCAAAGAUAAUAGAGCAAAACUAGGAUGUUUCCCAUCCUUACUUCUAUUAGGAAAUUUGGCCUGAUUUUUUUUUCUAUUGAGGAAACUUGAUAAAGUGUACGGCUAGUGAUGCAGGAUGCUGCUUGUGCUGUGGAACUGUAUAUUUGGACCUUGAAAUUUCCAAAAGUGAAAAUGCAUUUGGCUUCCACAUAUUCUGAAAUAUUUCUGAAUUACUAACCCAUUUGCAGGGUUCAAGAAAGCGUGUUUUGUAUGAAUCAUCUGUAUUUGUGUAGGAUGCCAGUUUAGUACUAGCAUUUGAUGCAUAGUGUUUGUGCUGAAACUGCCUAAGCUUGCUUGGUGCACUUGUCUGUGUAUGUGCAUGCUUAGGAUCUUAGAUUGUAGCAUUUCAGCAUAUUUUUGAUGGUUUGAAUUUGUUUUAAGGUAUAAAUUUCUAUCUAUUGCUGUAAUUGCAAUGUAGGCAUUGCUGCACUGCAAUAAGUAUAUUUCCAAUAAUUGUAGAUGUCAUUGGUAUAGCAGCCAAACCAGCCUGCUCAUGCUUCAGUCUUGCUCAGUGUGGGGUAGGACUGCUCCCUACUUAUAGUUAAACCAAUGUCCAGAUUGUGACUGUAAUUGUGUUUCUCAACAUUGUAACAUGACUGCCUGUCCAGGCAUGGCAAAUUGAUGAUGUUUAAUGUACUUGCUAACAGCAAUCUAUUUUUCAGUGUGUUACUCCAUAUUUCAAUCUGAAAUGUUAUUUUUGAAGUGUUGCUGGCAAAGCAAUGGUAUUUAUCUAAAAGAUAGAGGCAAAUCAGGUGUGUUAAAUACACAAUAAAUAAAAUUUGGAAAGGCUUGUAUUCCUAUUUUUAAUGUACAUAAAAUGUAGUAGUCAUUUACAAAAUAAAUUGAAACUGCCAA